CUCUCUCUCUCUCUCUCUCUCUCUCUCUCAGCGGUAACGUUAUCUUCACUAUCUUACUCCUCUCUCGCUCUAUCUCUUUUUCUCUUGUUUUUGUUUUUUCUUUUUCUUUUAUUCCUAAUUAUAGUUUCUUCUUUAUUAGUCUUGUUAUUCGCUUCCUAUUUUUUCUUUUUCUCUUUCUUUCUCUCUUUCUUUCUUUCUUUUUUUCCUUCAUACGUUUCAUCAGUAUUUUUAUCAUUAUUUGCUAUCUUUAUCUUUUCUUUCUUUCUUUCUUUCUUUCUUCCUUUCUUUUUUAUUUAUGUAAUUAAGUUCAAUUUUGUUUUUUUUUAAGCGAGUUACUCAUUUAUAUUAUUUCUCUCUCUCUCUCUCUCUCUCUCUCUCUCUCUCUCUCUCUCUCUCUCUCUCUCAGCUAUCGAGAACGUGAAAAAAAACAAGAACAAGAACCAGAAGAAGAAGAAGAAAAAGAAGAACAAGAACAAGAACAAGAACAAGAACAAGAAGAACAAGAAGAAGAACAAGAAGAAAGAAGAAAAGGAAGAGAAGAAGAGCGCACACACACACACACACACACACACACACACACACACACACACACACACACACACACGUACACAUGAGCUUCACACACACAGAGGUAGACAUGACUGGUGGAGGUGGUGGCGGAGGGGGGCAUAUAGUGCUAACCCCCUCCCCUCAUAACUAUCAGGCCUCCCCCACCACCAACACCCCCUCCAACACCCCCUCCCCCCUCCCCCAGAGCUGUCAUGGGGGCGGGGGGCGGGGGGAGGGGAACGCGCCCCCCCAUAUGCCCCCCCACCCUCAGUCCAAUCCCCCAGCUGUCCAUUCUGUUAUAGUUCCAAAUGCAGCGGUUCUUCAUCAGCAAGGAACCUCAACUCUGUGCAAUGUCGGAGGAGUGGCCGUUUCCAUACCAGGCGGGGGGGAGAUUCUACUACCCAGCGGAGGAGGCGGCGGAGGCGGAGGAGGAGGAGGAGGAGGAAACACUACAGGAGGGACUGGUACAGGAGGAGGAAACGGAGGAUCAGGACUAGGAGGAGUAGGAGGAGGAGGAGUAGGGAAUGGGUUAUCGUGUACCAUUUGCGGAGACCGGGCCACGGGGAAGCAUUAUGGCGCUCAUUCCUGUGAUGGCUGCAAAGGCUUCUUCCGCCGCUCCGUGAGGAAGAACCACACAUACAACUGCAGGUUCAACAGGAGCUGCACAGUGGACAGAGACAAACGGAACCAGUGUCGCUAUUGUCGACUUCGUAAAUGCAUUAGGUCGGGGAUGAAGAAGGAAGCUGUUCAGAACGAGAGGGACAGAAUCAGUACCCGACGCCCGUGUUAUGAUGAGUCUGGGAACUCGGGGGGCAUCAACCUGGCAACGAUAUUGAGCGCUGAACACCUCUCCAGACAGUUCUCGCCCGCGGUGGAGGAGGUGAACGUGAUGAGCAAGAAGGUGGCGGGUGUGAUGGACGUGUGUGACAGCAUGAAACAGCAGCUUCUCAUCCUCGUGGAGUGGGCCAAAUACAUCCCCGCCUUCUGCGACCUCACCCUCGACGACCAGGUUGCUUUGUUGAGAGCCCACGCCGGGGAACACCUACUUCUCGGGGCUGCCUGGCGCUCCAUGAGGCUGCAGGACAUGAUACUGCUGGGGAACGAUUGCGUCAUCCUUAAGAACUCAGCCGAGAUGGAGAUCAGUCGCAUCGGGCAGCGUGUCUUGGAGGAGCUCAUCAAGCCUCUCCGCGCAGUUCAGCUGGACGAGCACGAGUACGCCUGCAUCAAGGCCAUCGUGUUCUUCGACCCAGUCAUUCGGGGUCUGCGUAACGUGGAACGCGUCAAAAUGCUGCGUUACCAAGUCCAGCUGCUUCUCGAGGACUACAUCAACGAUAGACAGUAUGAGUCGCGUGGCCGCUUCGGGGAGAUCCUUCUGACCCUCCCCGCGUUGCAGUCCGUGACGUGGCAGAUGAUAGAACAGAUACAGUUUGCCAAGCUCUUCGGCGUGGCACGAAUUGACAACCUUCUGCAGGAGAUGUUGCUCGGAGGGGCAAACGGUGAAGGAGUGAACGGCGUCUCCGGUUCUUCAGGAGGGUACGGCGGCGGGGACGGCGGGAUAGGCAUAGGCGUCCCCGCUCCUCCACCGGGGGGCGUGGGGCUCCCUAUACCCCUGGGGGCGGCCACGGCGGCGGGGGGAGGCCUGGCUAUGGGCAUGAGUACAGCUGGGGACGGCACGCAGGUCUCCACAGCGUCUCCUAUUCCCCAGCAAAACCAGCUCCCCUCCCAGCCCGGCCUUUCCACAGCUUCCUCGCCCUGUGGUUCCCAAGAGUCGGCCAACAGCCACCUCGGGGUCAUUACUAGAGACGCGGGUAAAGUCAACAGGACGUUCAAGGAGGAGGUGAUGGAUGCUGCGACGUGCUGAAGAGGUGCUGAGCGGCUGGCUGCAUUUGCUGACUCGAUUUUUAUGAGUUAGUAUUUCUAAAUGGAGGGAUCGAGUUUUUAGUGUACCGAGUGGAUGAUAGUUUUAUCUUUUUUUCACAGAGGAAGCAGCUCAAGGGCAUAAAAGAGGAGACAAAAGAGCCCACUGUCGCUGCUCAAACAAAUAGUUGAUAGAGUAGUCGGGUCAAAAUCGAAUGGAGAGAGAGCGUUUAAGUCUUAGGCAGGAGGAAAUACAGACGAAGGGAGGCUGUUCCAGCGCUUACCAGAGAAAUGUAUGAGAGAAUAAAGAUGCUGGUUAACUCUUGCAUAAGGGGUUCGGAUAGCACGGGGAGGUAGGGAGGCACGCAGUUAGCAAGUUCAGAAGAGCAGUUAGCAGGAAAAUAUCGAUAGAAGAUAGAAAGAAAAGUACGUAACACUGCGGGGAGGUUUAAGAGGUAGAAGACUGUCAAUAAGAGGAUCGAGGGAGUUGAUGAGACGAAGAGCAUUUGACUCCACUCUAUCCAAAAGGGUUGUGUGUGUGGAACCCCCUUGCUUGCUCCUAAAUGGUUUUGAAGUGUUUUUAUCUGCUUGUGUUUUAUUCAGAUGUGGUUUUGCUCAUGUUCAUUUGCGGUUUGUUCCUAGUUCAAGACGUUUUUCUUCAUUGAGGCAUUUUUUUCUAUUUGUUUUACGCUAAUGAAGAAAAGAAACGCUUGGUAUGUAUGUGUAUGUAUUUUCUGUUUUCUUAUAUUUUAGUUUUGUUAUCCUUGCAUUAUUUUAUUAGUGUUAUAUUGUGUUCAUGCACUUGCCUGUAUUAUUAUUAUUAUUAUUAUUAUUAUUAUUAUUAUUAUUAUUAUUAUUAUUAUUAUUAUUAUUAUUAUUAUCAUUACUACUACUACUGCUGCUACUAAGUACUAUUACUAUUACAUAUUUCAGUCACGUACAAAUAUAUAUGGCUUUAUCAUUGAUGUUCAACUAUUAUAUUUUGUUAUUUUCCUGUAAGUCAUCUCUCUGUACAUACUGCUAAAAUUCUCGGUAGUUAUAAUGUUCUCUUCUUCCUUGUUAUAACGAUCUUCGCUAUGUAUUCUUUGUUAUACAUUUGAGAGUUUAUGAAGGACAAAUUACACGAGAAAAGUCAAAACU